CUCGGCUCCGGGGGGUGGGGGGGGUGGAGCCGGGGGAGCAGCGCCCAGCGGCGGCGGCGGCGGAGAGAGGCACGGUUGUAGCGGCGGCGGCGGCGGCGGUCUGGGCGGCAGAGUUGUCCGGCCCCCGCCAUGGAGGGCAUGGACGUGGACCUGGACCCGGAGCUGAUGCAGAAGUUCAGCUGCCUAGGCACCACCGACAAGGACGUGCUCAUCUCCGAGUUCCAGCGGCUGCUCGGCUUCCAGCUCAACCCGGCCGGCUGCGCCUUCUUCCUGGACAUGACCAACUGGAACCUGCAAGCAGCUAUUGGAGCCUACUAUGAUUUUGAGAGUCCAAACAUCAGCGUGCCCUCUAUGUCCUUUGUUGAGGAUGUUACCAUAGGAGAAGGGGAAUCGAUACCUCCUGACACCCAAUUUACAAAAACCUGGCGGAUACAAAACUCCGGAGCAGAGGCCUGGCCACCAGGGGUUUGUCUUAAGUAUGUUGGGGGAGACCAGUUUGGACAUGUGAACAUGGUGAUGGUGAGAUCGUUAGAACCCCAAGAAAUUGCAGAUGUCAGCGUUCAAAUGUGCAGUCCCAGCAUAGCAGGAAUGUAUCAGGGACAAUGGCGUAUGUGCACUGCUACAGGACUCUACUAUGGAGAUGUCAUCUGGGUGAUUCUCAGUGUGGAGGUGGGAGGACUUUUAGGAGUAACGCAGCAGCUGUCAUCCUUUGAAACCGAGUUCAACACACAACCGCACCGCAAGGUAGAAGGAAACUUUAACCCAUUCGCCUCUCCGCAGAAGAACAGGCAACCAGAUGAAAACAACUUAAAAGACCCUGGGGGUUCCGGGCUAGGCACUAUCAGCAAAAACACAUGGGUUCCUGCUCCUGACCAAAUUGAACAAGAUCAAAACGGACUGUCACAAAACUCUGUAAAUCUCUCCCCCAGCAGUCACUCAAACAACUUAUCGGUAGUGACUUACAGUAAGGGGUUCCACGGCCCUUAUCCUUUUGGACAGUCUUAAUACGGGUAUCAUCGUGAAGAGAAAUUUACAAAGAAGGAUUGACUUUGGGGGGAGGGGGAGCAAGAGGUUCCUUUGAAUUCCAGACAACACAAUAUGGACCUCUGGCUCAGACUCCACAUCCUGGAUGAAGAGGAAUCUAAACAGACUAGUUUCAAGUAAACUCCGUAUGCAUGUGUGAAUGCUGAAUUGCGGGAAUGCUGAUUGAGGCUACAAAGAAGAAAUCCUCACGGUCAACUGUGUUAUAGGAAGGAGGGGAAGGGCUGUGGGGUUUUUUGUUUUGUUUUGUUUUAUUUUUUUUUUUUAAGGUAUCACAAGUGAUUAGGUUGCUCAGGAGGGGAAAAAAGUUUAGAAAUGGGAGAGAGAAAAAAGCCAUCUUUUUAAACAAAACUUAUUUUGCCUAUAGAGAGGCUGUUUGUUAUUUUGAGAAAAAUGUUAAGUCGUUUUUUGAUUUGUUUAUCCCCACUCCCAGUCUCUACCCCCACCUUCUCUCCCUAUCCUCCAACCUCAUUUUUAAAAAACAAGGGGCAGCAUGUGUGGUUUUGGAUUGGUUGUUUUACUCCUUGCUCUCAGCAGGGGGGGUUUGGAAGCUCGAGUUGUGUGUGUUUUGGGGGGUUUGUGUGUCAUAGCAUUGAGUGUUUAUCUGUUGUUCAAUGUGAGGUUAGAGCAGGCACUGACCUUGUGUUUUGAAUGGCAUCUGCCAUUUAGUUGUUGCUCUCUCCCUUUACUCCCCCACCCCAGUCUUGUUGAUUUACCCUUUUGGCAUUUGAAUUAGCCAGUCCAUGGCUCUUUAUCUUAAGAAAAUCUCUUUGAAAACCAAAUUCUUUCUGUGUCUUCAACAGGCUUUUGGAACAGACCUUAGAUGAUGGAGGCUUUUAUUCAACUGAAGGAAUUCCUGACACAUGUACAUGCAUGCACAUGCACUCAGAAAUUUGUAAUAAGAAACAAAAUUGCUUUUCUUCCACAAUUCUCUUAUUUUAGAGAAAUAUUCUCCAUAGGUGAAAUACUAUUUGUGGUUUUUCAUGCAUUGACUUUCAAUAGCAAGGGACAUAUCCUUAUGUUCCCUUCUCUCCUCCCCUUCCAAAAAAAGUAUAUGUUUCUUGGUGUAAUUCACCAACUAGUGUGUAGGGUGUAAGUUUUUUAAGGUGUCAUGUGUUUCUGUUUUCACCAAAUUUCCUUUCCUGUAUUUUCCUUUUAGUCCUCCUUUGUGAUAUGUUACAGACAGCCUGUGGAGGCUGAGCUGUUGCUGUCUGGAAAAUAUUAAAACUAGAGCUGGAAAUGUAAUCAGCCAUAGGGGAGAGCCACAUUCAGUCACUUCUCAAUCUUAGAGGCCACAUUAGUCUGGAAACGAGAGGUCCUCUGGACAGGGUGCUUUGUAGAAGUGGCUGGGAACUAGGAUUAAUGGGCAAGGGAGGAGGGAGGGGGGAGCGGGGUGGGAAUUACAGCCAGAGCUAGAGUCCAGCUGCUGGCUAUACAUCUGUUUCAGGCUCACAUCUCUGCAUUGCCCUUGCAGCCUGUUGGCUCUGGGACGUGUAAGAUAUGGAUAAUCCUAAUGGGAAGCUUGAACCAGGCUAGAACAGCUGUCUGCCAAAGAUACAAGAAUAUGCAAAGUCCUCUUCCAGCCCCUAUCCUUUCCCCUUUAGCAUACCGCCCCCCACUUCCAUUAUCCUUCUCCCUAAACCACACUAAAAAGUCUUAGCAAAUAACCAAGUCAGGAGGGUUUGUGUUGUCUCUCAGUGAGUAGAUCUGAAAUGCAGUUGCAAUAUUGUCUGCCCAUUGCUACUGCCAGGGUGGCAUUAAGCUUCCCAGACUAGAUAUGCAGCUGCAGGGGAUCUUGUAGCCUCUGUUUGUAUGUGUGUCUUUGUGUGCUUGAGCGAAUGUAUGUUUAAGAUUUUUGAUGUCUCUGAAUGAUAGUUCUAAGAAUGUUGUCCUCAUCAUCAUCCUCUUAUACUGGUGUUUUUUAAAAGCAUGAUUGUAGGAAAGGGACUUAUGUAUAUGACAGAGAGAAUGAGAAAAUGAGAGAGUGAGAGAAUAUGUCUGUGCACUAUAAUGAGAGGAUGGCCUUUUGCCUACUAGGGAAGCCCUGGGCAAUGUUAGGAGCCAGCAUGAUCAUAAAGGAGCAAUUGUAGACCAGUAUGAGACUGGGGGUAAUGUUUAUACUGCAGUAACAUUUUCUAUGCACUUGCUGAGUGCCUCAUCAUUCCCUUGGCUAGAGGGGAAAAUGUGCUGAGUGAUUGGAGCUGAGCUAGACCAGUAGAGUUCCAAGUUCUAAGAAGCAGAUUGUGGAACUCUGGGAAAAGGUAUAGAUUUCUACUUCAUUUGCCAUCUUCUGCCCUUUCAGACUUUUUGUGGGCUUAGCAUAUAUGUUGAGACCCAGGAUUCUUCUGCUAGUUCUUUCUUUUGCUAGCCCAGAAAAUGGAAAAUCAGCAGCCCCUCCCAAUUUGCCCUUUGCUACAUCAUACAUGGGCCUAAUUUGUAUUUGAGUUUUUCCACCCAUUAUAAUAGCAAUAGGGGGAUUGGCUACUAAUGACAUGUCAACCUUCUUGGAUCACAGGUCUGACCCCUUCCCUGAAGUUGGGUGAUGAUUCUUACCUGGAGUCAUUUUUAGUUUAAAUUCCCUUAAAAAAAGUACAAAUCAAAGAGUGAGUACUGAGUCAAAUGAAACAGUACAUAACAUGGUCAGCAUGUCUCAUUUGUUUUUUCUUCUUUGGCUAAUUGGUAGAAUGCUCCCAUUCCUUCUGUUCUUAUUUUGAAAAACAUCCCACAAUCCUUAUAAAUCUUUGGGCAAGCUUUCCUUUUGAGAUAAGGAGGGAGACAUUUUGCUGCCUUGUCCGCAAAAUGAGAAGUAUUUC